GGCCUGGGCAGAGUGCGUAGGCCCGUGGAGCUCUGUGGGCUAAGGGGCCCUCCCAAGCCGGCCCGCCCCCGCUCCGCUCCCCGCCCACAGCCGCACUUCCGCGGUCGCCGGCGUUCCGGAGCGCAGACGCAGCGUCGGAGGCACCCGGCACCUUCUGUUUGGUCAGUAGCGUGAGCGUCUCGCUGUGGCGUGUCGUCCGCGCCGUUCGGCCAGUUGUACGCCUGUACGCUCGCCCGGCCAGCCGGCCUGCGGAGCUCCCGCCCGUGUCCCACGGCUGGUCCGGGGCGUCCGAGCACCACCUCGACGGCGGCUCCGCCGGACGCGCGGACUGGACCGCAGUCCGCACCCCGAGCGGACGGCGUCAUGAGGCACCUGCCGUACUUCUGCCGCGGCCAGGUGGUGCGGGGCUUCGGUCGCGGCUCCAAGCAGCUGGGCAUCCCUACAGCUAACUUUCCUGAACAAGUAGUAGAUAAUCUUCCAGCUGAUGUAUCCACUGGCAUAUAUUAUGGUUGGGCCAGUGUUGGAAGUGGAGACGUCCAUAAGAUGGUGGUGAGCAUAGGAUGGAACCCAUACUACAAGAAUACAAAAAAGUCCAUGGAAACUCAUAUCAUGCAUACUUUCAAAGAGGACUUCUAUGGGGAAAUUCUCAACGUGGCCAUUGUCGGCUACCUCAGACCAGAAAAGAACUUUGAUUCUUUAGAGUCACUUAUUUCAGCAAUUCAAGGUGAUAUUGAGGAAGCUAAGAAACGACUAGAUUUACCAGAACAUUUGAAACUCAAAGAAGACAAUUUCUUCCAGGUUCCUAAAAGCAAAAUAAUGAAUGGCCACUGAAGGAAAAGCAUUUAUUCAUUCACUGUUUUCUAAUAUUUUACUGCUCAUAACUCUGCAGUCUCGGUUGUGUUUUAAAAAUCAAACAUUUUCCUACAGCUGUGAAUUAAACAGUACAAUGUAGUUACCAUAUUAUGUUCCAACUGUUCAAUAAAACCUAUCAUGUUACAGUUCUAAAAAAGUUAAUCUUAAGAAUCAAGUUUCUUUUUUAUGUAAUAUGUUGAUUAAAAUGGACCACUAGAAAGGUCUUAAGUGUUUUAGAAUGGAAAUGAAAUAUAUAUAAAUAUGGGUAACAGGCAGGUCACUAAUUUGAGAUGAGAACUAUAAUUCUCAUGGUAAAAUUCUAGCAUGCAUGUACCUGUAUAGCAUGCUCUGCUAAUCAGAAGGCUCAUAAAAAUAACUAUAUUAAGCAGACGUUUGACAGUUUAUUGCAAACCUAAGGGGAAGAAUCCAGACUUUGUAUUUUUGAUAUUUUGUGCAUUUAUAUAUUACUAUAGACAUGAAGACUUGUGAAAUUUCAUUUUAGUCAUUUCCCUUAAGGGCUCAAAUCAUUGUACUGUGUUCCAUUUUUGUUACAGUUGCCUCAGUUCUAAUUGGUCUGGGCUCUCUCCCUAUUAAUUUUUUGUUUUUCUUUUAAAACAGUAAAAUGAGUGUUUUUCGAAUCUCUAGUUUCUCAUUUUUGUGUUGUAUAACACUUCUCUCUUUUUAAGAGUAGAUAUUCUUCAACAUUUUUCUUAACCUUUGUUUCCUGUAAACAAUUGUCAGUGUCAGUUCUUCCAUUUAGAAUAUCCAACUUUACAUUUACAAAAUGUAGAGUUUCAUCUGUGUCUGUAUCUGCCAUCCCAUCACUUCACUAUAUGAACAGUGAUUAAGUGCAUAUCUCUUGCAUUUUAGAAAAAACACCCAAAGGUUCAUCUGUAGGUUUCCUCAAAGUUUAAA